GUGACUACCCAGCAUGACCUGCCUACUUAGGAAUUUAUGACCAGAUCACCUUUCCAUAAAACCCUCUUGUUUUUGUCCACAGCUAUGAGUCAUGUGCUCAGUGGUAAUUCAUUGCUUUUCAUUGCUGCAUAGUAUUCCAUUGAAUGCGUAAAGCAGAAUUAAUUCGUUGUUCUAGUGGAGGGCAUCGGGUGCCUCUGCGUUUCUGCCAUCUCAAACACAUGGUUCAACCUUUUGGCUGGGACAAGUCUUCUGGUGCAUGUCUGUAUGUUACAGUCAGGUUCCCGUUCAGCCGCCCCGAGCUGCUGAAGAAGUGGGUGCUGAACAUCGGCCGGGGCCACUUCGAGCCCAAGCAGCACACCGUCAUCUGCUCCGAGCACUUCCGCCCCGAGUGCUUCAGCGCCUUCGGCAACCGCAAGAACCUGAAGCACAACGCGGUGCCCACGGUGUUCGCCUUCCGGGACGCGGGCCAGCAGCUCCAUGUCUCUUGCAGCUGGUGAGAGAGGACACAGACACAGCCAGCAAGAGUGGAAAUGCUGACUCGGAAAAGGAAAAGGUCCUCCCAGAAGCCAGGGAGCACAGCCCGGGGAGAAAGACCGACACUGCCCUUGAGGCGCUGCAGCCGCCACCCAGCACUGGGAGCCCUGAAGGACAGGUCCUGCCACAUAGACCGGAAGCAGCCGAGGCCCCUGGUCAGCCAACCAGCCCCCCACAGCCAUCUGAUCACAGCUAUGCCCUUUUGGACUUAGAUACCCUAAAAAAAAAACUCUUUGUGACCCUGAAGGAAAAUGAAAAGCUCCGGAAGCGCUUGAAGGCCCAGAGACUGGUGAUACGGAGGGUCUGCAGCAGCCUGCGAGCCCACAGAGAGGGGCAGGGCCCCCAGGCAGGGCCACAGCCGGAGCAGCAGAGCUGAGCCCCCGGGAGGUGGGGCCGCAGUGUUGGGCUCUGGCUGUGAACCCUUCAGUCCUGCUGCUGACGGCGAGAGGCAGCCAGGUGAGGAGUCCAGUGCAGCCUCAGGUGAAUCUGGUGGCGUGAGGCUCUGAGCCAGUGGGCCAUGAACCUGAGAAACUGAGAAACUUGCUCAUCCAGGAGGUGACAGUCCCAGCUGUCCACUCAGCACAAGCUAGGCCAGUGUCCUUGGAACCACGGCUGAGCCAGUGGCAGACACUCCCAGUGGGGGCGAGCAUGUUUCCUUGUGGGGCAGCUGGCCAGAGCGGGUGGCAGCUGACUCUCAGGCAGCAGGAGUGGCCCCCCAUCGCCUGGAUAGCAGGCUCCCUGGCCGACACUGGCCUCUCUCCCAAGGAGUGCCUCUUCCCAGCCUGGUCUGAUCGAACUACAUAGUCAGGUGUCUUCCUACACUGCAGGUUUUUUUCCAUUUAAAAACAAGCACUGGCCCUGGCCAGAUAGUUGUUGGUUAGAACAUCUUCCUGACACACCAAGGUUGCAGGUUUGAUCCCUGGUAGGGGCACAUACAAAAAGCAACCAGUGAACGUGUAAGUGCGUGGAACGACAAAUCGAUGUUCUCUCUGUCUAACCAGUAAAUAAAAAAAUAAAAAAUGGA